UUUAAAAGCCAAUUAUUUGAUUUAUCAUUAUCAAGUAGUGAAUUUCCUGUUCUCUUUAAUUUUUGAGUUUUUACUAGAUCGUAGAUAUUUGAUCUUUGUCACAAUUUGAUUUUAAUUAGUUUAUUCAUCAUGGCAGCAACAAGCUUAGCAGAAUACUUAAAAUUAAGGCCAAUUUUAGCCCAGGCAAGAAACAUAAUCGUCCUCACUGGUGCAGGUACAUCAGCUGAAUCAGGAAUUCCAACAUUUAGAGGUGCAGGGGGUUUUUGGAGAACCUAUCAGUCUCAAGAUCUUGCUACUUACAAUGCGUUUAAACGUUCGCCCUCCUUAGUUUGGGAAUUUUAUCAUUAUAGAAGAGAACUAGUUCUCACGAAAAAACCCAAUAAGGCACAUUAUGCCAUAGCUGAAGCAGAAUCUCUUCUGAAAAAUGUUGGACGAAAAAUGACAGUAAUCACACAAAAUAUUGAUGGCCUCCAUCAAAGGGCAGGAUCUCAAGAUGUAAUUGAAUUGCAUGGAUCUCUUUUUAAAACACGCUGUAUUAAAUGUGAAAAUGUCACUUCUAAUUUCGAUUCACCGAUUUGUGCUGCAUUGGAAGGCUUGGGAGCUCCAGAUCCUAAUGUGAAAUCAAGCCCAAUUCCUGAAGAACAACUUCCAAGGUGCAAAAUUGAAACAUGUAAAGGCCUUUUAAGGCCACAUAUCGUCUGGUUUGGAGAAAACCUUGAGGAAAAAGUUAUUGAUGCUACUGAAAAUGCCUUAAAAGAAUGUGAUGCUUGUCUAAUUAUUGGGAGCUCAUCAGUUGUUUAUCCAGCUGCAAUGUAUGCACCGGCUCUUGCUGCCAGAAAUAUACCUGUUGCAGAAUUUAAUAUCGAAUCUACGCCAGUCACUAGCAAUUUCCAAUUUCAUUUCAAAGGGCCCUGCACUGAAACAGUACCAGAAGCUCUGAAGUAUAUAGUAAAUAGCUGCACUCCAUUAGUAUAUUCUCAAAGCCAAAUUGGCAAAAUGCAUUACUCCACUUCAACUGACAAGAACAGUGAUGUUAAACUGAGUAAGAGACAAAAAUUUGUUAAUUUUAUAAAGCAAUACGGCCCGAUAGCUGUUGCUGUACACAUUGGCCACAGCCUCAUAAUUUUAGGAGGAUUGUACACCGCUCUCUACUGUGGUCUCGAUGUCGUUUGGGCGCUUGAAAAAGUCGGACUCGCUGACAAAAGUGACAUUCUUAAAAAAGGAGGAACAUUUGUUGUUGCUUAUGCAAUUUCAAAAGUUUUAAGCCCGGUUCGCUUUGCAAUUACUUUUGCUAUCACUCCUCCUAUUGCAAGAUAUUUGAUAAAAACAGGUCUUAUUAAAAAAAGGUAUCCUAAUUUCUGUUGCUGAGACUACUCAUGUAUGUUGUUAGUUGACUGGAAACUACUAGAGCUAGGUUUCAUAUCUGCAAACAGAGAAAAAGAAAGAAACAAAGAAAA